CUGGGCCGGCUCUCAGGAAUCCCGCCGAUCUCCCCGAAAAUGACGGCGUCUUGCGCGCCGCGCACGGCGCCUCCCUGCCGCCCCGAGAGCCACUUCUCUUCUCUGGGCCUCGUUGGGGUCCUUUUGGGGGCCCUAGUGCUCCUGCUGCCCGUGUUCUCCGAUGCCUGUGGUGAUCCACCAAGAUUCAAUUCUAUGAGGCUGAGGGGUGUCACUCAAUCCUCUUAUAGUCCUGGGGACACAAUAGAAUAUGAGUGCCGUCUAGGAUACAAGCUCAAGAGACCUCCUCCUCCUACCUCUGCUGCCUGUCAGUCUGAUAACACAUGGACACCUCUCCAGGAGGCUUGUACGAGAAAAUCAUGUCCAGAGCCAGGAGAACCCAUAAAUGGCCAAGUAGAAUAUGUAAAUGGAACUUUGGAGUUUGGUUCACAGAUUCACUAUGUUUGUAAUGAGGGUUUUAACUUAGUUGGACCAAAAAUUCUAUAUUGUGAACUUGGAGAAAUUGCAAGUUGGAGUGACAAUCCCCCAUUAUGUCAAGAGAUCUAUUGUAGACCACCUCCAAAAAUACAAAAUGGAAAAUACACCAGAAGCGACCAGGAGGAAUUUAGAUACAAGGAUGUAGUAACUUACAGUUGUGAUCCUUCAAAUGGAACAGAUGAAUAUUCACUUGUUGGAGAGAGCAGGCUCGUUUGUUCUGGGCAUGACAAAUGGAGUAGUGACCCUCCUAAGUGUAAAGUGGUCAAAUGUGAACAUCCAGCACUCGAAAAUGGAAGACUGGUAUCAGGAUUUGCAAGAAAAUUUUACUACAAAGAGACGGUCGUAUUUGAGUGUCUCCAGGGUUUUUACCUCAGUGGCAGCGACACAGUGGUCUGUGGUGCUGACGGUACUUGGGAGCCUGCGAUGCCAACGUGCAUUAAAGGUACAAAUGUCGACUUUUCCCAGUACUAA